GUGUGAACCUGUGCUCGUUUGUCGGUUGCAUCGAAGUUUUUUUCUACUUCUUUCCUUUCAGUGUGAAGUGGAUCUGCUCCACUGAGCUGACAAGCCAAUUAUCUUCGUGCAAAUUAGACUGGAUCGACCAGCCAGUGAUACGCGUCGGUGUUGAUUCCGCAAAAGUUAAGCUACGCGAGCGCGAUCGAUGACCGAUAGACUGGACGCCGCAGGAUCGUCGCAGAUUCCAGCUCUAGAAGAACGAAAUUUUACGCAACUGCCGCACACACGCGCAUGCUCGGCUGUUGUUGGCUGGUCCGCUCUACUCGGUCCGGACCGCGGCAUGGCAGAAUAAAAUUGGAUUAUUCAAUUUUAUCGCGACUGUAAAUUUGAAUUUACGAUCAACUUUUAUGGAUUAUUUUAUCAGGAUCAUUUAAUUUAGAGGAAGAAGUGAAAUGCGUCUGGCCAAUGUGAACCGACGGCUAAGAGUGAGGUGUUUUUUGUUGUUAUUACGUGUCUGAUGAAUGCUGGCGAGGAGAAGAUAUGAAAAAGGACCCGACCAGCCGGUGCAAAAGUGAUCCCUUGGGCGAAAAAUGAGGAUAAAAGUAAAGUAAAUUGAUAAGAGAGGCCGAUAAUGUAAAGUGAAAUUUAUUCGUUUUCUAAAGCGCUGAUAAGCCAGGGGCAAGGUGAAGAAACCGCUUCGAAAACAGCGAUCAUCGUGAUCAAAACAGAGCAGCUUGAAUCUCGCCCAGAAGCAAUCAGUGGAUAUCGCGAAAGACAGUGCAAAGCGAACAGAGAAACAAUUAUUUAAUCAGACAUGUCCAGAGCAUAUACUACGGUGUAUCUGAAAUUUGUAACCGAUUAAGCGACGGUAGAGGGAGUUUUCGGCUCUGUCGGUGCCGUCUGUUGUGUACGGAAAUUGUGAACUAGCGGGGCCACUGUGUCAGUGACCCGGGGCUUCAAAAUUGCCAACCUACGAAGAUGCGUUCCUCACCGGCCUUGCUGUCGGUCCUGUUUGGCACCAUUUUCGGUGUCCUCGGCGCGUCGCUGAGCAAAUCGUUGCUCUCGCAGGCUCCGGACGAGUGUCGAUGGUCCGGUUACAGUGAAGACGAUUUAACCCUCGUGUGUAGACUUAGAACUAUCAACAGUGAACUAGAGAAUACGAAUUUUAGUGUGCUACAUCCCGAAAACACGAUCCGGCUGCGGUUGCAGUGCAACGACGGCUUGUUUUUCCAGUCCAGUAUUAGCCCGGGAAGCUUCCGGCAGCUGUCCGAAUUGCGAUCGCUCACGAUCGAUUAUUGUAAAAUAGCAAAUCUAACCGAUGGUUCCUUUAGGGGUCUCAAGGAGUUGACUAAUCUGACUCUGCGGACACACAACACCGACUGGUCGUCGGUCAGCUUGGAGAUUGCCCCGCAUGUUUUCAACGCGGAAUUAUCGAAACUGGAACGGCUGGAUCUUAGUCAAAACAACAUGUGGUCCCUGCCGGACGGUAUGAUUUGUCCACUGACCAAGCUUCAAUAUCUUAAUUUGACACAGAACCGGAUUCGCGAUCUGUCGGUGUUUCACUUCAGUGCGUCACUCAGCACGCGAUUGUCGAAAAAGUGUGGAAGUUCAAUUUCGGUGCUUGAUAUUUCGCACAAUAGCAUCGAUAACCUACCACCGGCGAUUUUCUCCGGAUUGGGAAAACUGAACGAGCUUCGAUUGCAAAAUAACGGUCUUAACUUUAUUGCCGAUCGAGCACUGGAAGGGUUGCUGUCGCUUUCCAAACUUGACAUCUCCCUUAACCGGUUAACAAAUCUCCCACCGGAGUUAUUUUCCGAAGCGAAGCACAUUAAAGAAAUCUACCUUCAAAACAACAGCAUCAACGUUCUCGCACCUGGUAUCUUCAGUGAGCUACAGCAGUUGCUAGUUCUGGAUCUAUCCAACAACGAACUAACUUCUGAAUGGGUAAACCCAGCAACAUUUAAAGGUCUGUCGCGGCUUAUACUGCUGGAUCUAUCAAACAACAAAAUAACGAAACUGGAACCCUCCAUCUUUCGGGACAUGUUCAACCUGCAGAUCCUCCGGCUGCAGGACAAUUUUAUCGAAACCUUACUCGAAGGUACAUUCUCCGAAUUAGCAUCCCUGCACACACUCGUCAUCUCCAACAAUCGGCUCUCGAACAUCGAAUACUCCAGCUUCCAAGGCUUGACCAGACUAUCACUACUAUCGCUAGACUACAACCGAAUCUCACGCAUCGAUCGAUCUGCUUUCAAGAACCUAUCCACCUUACAGGACCUGCAUCUAAAUGGUAACAAACUGCUGCAUGUUCCAGACGCCCUGUAUGAUGUUCCACUGCUCCGAACGCUUGAUCUUGGCGAGAAUCAUAUCAGCAAUAUCGGCAACGCUAGCUUUAAAGACAUGGUUCAUAUGUACGGCUUACGACUUACCGAGAACAACAUUGAAGUAAUCAGGAAAGGAACAUUUGAUGCCAUGAAAUCACUGCACAUUCUGAAUCUCUCGAAGAACCGGCUGAAACGUGUCGAUCAAGCGUGCUUCGACAACAACACCAAUCUGCAAGCAAUCCGACUCGAUGGAAAUUAUUUGACCGACAUUACGGGGCUUUUCACCAAACUACCAAAUCUGGUGUGGCUCAAUAUUUCCGACAAUCAUCUGGAGCUGUUCGAUUAUGCACUCAUUCCGACCGGCUUGCAGUGGUUGGACAUUCAUGCGAACAAGAUCGCCGAAUUGGGCAACUAUUUCGAGAUCGAGAGCCAACUGGCGCUCAGUACGAUCGAUGCCAGCUCGAAUCAGCUGACUGAAAUCACCGGCAGUGCGAUCCCGAACAGCGUGGAGUUGCUGUAUUUGAACGAUAAUCUGAUAUCGAAGGUGCAAUCGUAUACGUUCUUCAAAAAGCCAAACCUAACUCGUGUUGAUUUGUUUGGCAAUAAAAUAACGACACUCGAUCCGAAUGCACUGCGAAUUUCCGCCGUUCCGGACGACAAACCACUGCCGGAGUUCUACAUCGGCGGCAAUCCGUACCAGUGCGAUUGUAAUUUGAACUGGCUGCAGAAAAACAACGUCGACUCACGAACGCAACCGAAGCUGAUGGAUUUGGACAGUAUCUACUGUAAGCUGCUGUACAACCGGGGAAGGACGUACGUCCCGUUAGUGGAGGCACUGCCCAAUCAAUUUCUGUGCAAGUACGAAACGCACUGCUUCGCGCUGUGUCAUUGUUGUGAUUUUUAUGCCUGCGAUUGCAAGAUGGAGUGCCCGGCGCGCUGUACAUGCUAUCACGACCAGAGCUGGACCUCGAAUGUGGUGGACUGCUCGCGGGCCGGCUACGAGGAAAAACUACCGGAUCAGAUUCCGAUGGACUCCACGCAGAUUUAUCUAGAUGGAAAUAACUUUCGGUCGCUGAGCAGUCAUGCCUUUCUGGGGCGGAAGAAGCUGAAGAUUUUGUUUCUGAAUAACAGUAAUGUGGAGGUUAUCAGCAAUAGGACGUUUUAUGGGCUGAAGGAAUUGGAAAUUUUGCAAUUGGAUCAUAAUCAGAUAUCGGAGCUGAAUGGGUUCGAGUUUAUUGGACUGGAUCGGUUAAAGGAACUGCUUUUGCAGUAUAAUAAAAUAUCGUCGAUCGCCAAUCAUAGCUUCGAUCAUUUGCAUAGUUUAAAGAUUCUCCGGUUGGAUCAUAAUCGAAUUGUUGAGUUUAAUAUGUGGCAUCUGCCAAAGCAGCUGACCGAUUUGCGACUGUCGGCUAACCCAUGGUCCUGCGAUUGUGAGUACGUGGAAAAGAUGCGCGAGUAUUUGAAAAUGUUCGAUUUCGUUAAAGAUAAGCUGAAGAUAAAGUGUGCGGUAACGAUCCUGCCGGGCAAUGAGACAGCACUGACGGUUGGUGGGUCAGUGAAUGGAUCGUCCCACCCUGCGGUCACCAGUCAACCAGGAACGGUUCCGAAAGGAGUCCCGUUGGAUUUGACUGCCGGCGAGUCACCGGCCGGUGGUUUCUUGAUUUAUUUGGACAACAGUACGACACUGUGCAGCGGCGCAGUGCCUCUCGAUAACAUCAUCAACGGAAACUUGACAUCGCGCAAGACGGUGUUAUCGCCACCACCGAUCGAAGGUUACAUCCCGUUGCUGGUGGCUGCCCUUUGUGGAUUCCUGGCAAUCAUCAUUCUGACGUUGCUUGUGUUUGUCUUCAGGCAAGAAAUGCGUGUUUGGUUUCAUUCGCGCUUUGGCGUUCGGUUAUUUUACCGGAAUACCGACAUGGAUAAGAACGAACGGGACAAGCUGUUUGAUGCUUUCGUGUCGUACAGUUCGAAAGAUGAGGCUUUCGUGGCCGAAGAGUUGGCCCCGAUGUUGGAAAAUGGUGAUCCUUCCUAUAAACUAUGCCUACACUAUCGGGAUUUUCCCGUAGGUGCCUACAUUGCCGACACGAUCGUCCAAGCGGUGGAAUCAUCCCGCAGGACCAUUAUGGUCCUGUCGGAAAACUUCAUCAAAUCCGAAUGGUGCCGGUUUGAGUUUAAAUCUGCCCAUCAUCAAGUGUUGCGAGAUCGCCGAAGAAGACUGAUUGUUAUCUUGUUGGGAGAAGUGCCCCAAAAGGACUUGGAUCCCGACAUACGGUUGUAUUUGAAAACCAACACCUAUCUGCAGUGGGGUGAUAAGCUGUUCUGGGAGAAGCUCCGAUUUGCGCUACCGGACGUUCCGAACAAUCAGCGAAUGCGGCAGCAACCUCCGAUAAGUAUGACCCACUCCAACAUCCGAAACAACUAUCAGCUUAGUCGAACACCAAAUAAUAGGAAUAACACCAACAACCAGUUGAUCAUGCUCCAGCAGCAGCAGCAGCAACAGCAACAACAGCAGCAGCAACCACCGCAACCCGAUCCGAGGGCUGCACUGCGGCAGCAGGAACAUUCGCCACUGCAUCAGCAACCACUUCCGUUGCCAGGACUGGCUCAACAACCGCAGCCACCGCAAUUGCUGCAACAUCAGCGGCAACAGGAGCCACCUCGGGGAGGAACCAACGCGUCACCGCGAACGGUGGGGAUCCACAUAUGACCCCAGCAGCAGCCUCCAGUGUGAUAAAAUCCUGCUAUUGUGUACAUAGAACGAAGCGAUGAACUCUUUAGCAAAAUUUAGAAAUUUUCCGGAUCGUAAAACAAAUGUGAUAUUUAACGAUUAAGUCAGUAAAUUAUAAUGCCGUACUUGAAGUGCCCGCGAGCGCAUGUAAAAAGUGACACCCUAUUUAGCCGCUAAGAUUAACCCCGCAUAAACAGAAAAACUAGGUGCAAUUGUUUUCUCGUUUGAAGUUCUUCAAGCUCGAACUGACUGAUAUUUUCCAACUGGAUCGAGAGCCCGGAAUGCCUGUGUGUGUUUCCGUUUGUGCUGUGAAUAAUUGUACUAGUGAUAGUGUUUCGACUUCCAACCUCGUCAACCAUGACAGUGCGGUAGCAAAAAGUAAGCAUUUUAAUACGGUAGGAAGAAGGAAAAGAAAUUUAAUAAAGUUCGAGUUAUACUCUGCAUGAAAGAAGAGCCAGCAUGAAAGAAACAUGUGUUAACACACAAAAGAAAUAUCCCUCUGGAAUGACAAACACAAAUCAAAUGCAAAUACAAGUGCUCCCCGUCUCAAACGCUCUCCGUCUGCAACUCGAUCGCUGCAUCACCGUAACCUAGUAAGCGUUAAAGUGCAACCGCAAGAGAGGAGGAAAAAAACCAGUGUUGAAAAAUAGUGCAGUUAGUCGCGUCUCGAGCGUUUCUUUUUUUUCCCGUCUUGGAAAUAAUUGUUACAUCGAUCGGCAGAAGAAGCCCCUUCCCAGCUGGGCCCGUAAUGACAGUGUCUCCUCGGUACCGUGUCGCUAAGCUCCUCCACCAAAGUGGAUAAAAAUAAAUGAAAAAUGUUGUCCGUUCGGGUUGUCGAGAGUGGACGACAGCGGAAAAGAUCUCCGAAGAAAAAAAAAACCGAAGCAACAGUGAACAGUGCAACUAGUAUUCGAUGCAAGAAGCGUAAAGGGCGAUAAAAAGAAAAAGCAAAAAGCCGAUAAAAAAGAAACCCCCGGUCGCAAUUUAAUAAUGAUAGUGACAUUCCCCGGAGUCGUUACGGUCUCGAUACGCGCCGCGUCCGCUACCUAGGAUUUGCGCGCGUUCAGCCACCCCAACGUCCAGUCCAGUCCAGCCCGCCGAUGCCAUCAUCGGCUUUCAAGUGCAGCUUUAUUACACGAUCAUCAGCAUAAUCAACGUUUAUUAUACAAUAUGUGUAUACGCGUAAGAUCGACCUGUGGUCUCUACAGAAGCAGCAGCCUGCGACAGUGUGUGACCACGAACGGUCAACAAUUACCGCGGCCAUUGCCGCCGCCGCUGCCGCUGCCGCCACCAACUACAGAGGUGUCCUGCUCCUGCCGGAAUCAACCAACGACAUCCCGGGAAUGUUAUACAACAGCACAGUGCUAUGCAGUUCGACUCGUCAAGAAUCGCCCGAGUCGGCCAGGUUCUGUGUACAGCACCAUCGUCAUCGAGUUCUUACCUGUCCGGUCUGUUCGAAGCCAGGUUUCUUCUUGUAUCGUUUUUUUUCUUUCAUUUUUGUGCACUUAUUACUGUUAUUAUUUAUAUAUGUGAGACCAUUCUUGGCCGGUAGAGGGCACGGUCUGGUAGGAUCGAGAAACAGAUACGGUUUUUUAAGGCUUUUUAUGAGGAAAAUAUGUACGAAAGGUAUUAAGGCAAAAACACGAACUCACACAUUGCACUGUUGCUUGGCUAGAGGGAAAUCUUUGCGGUUCAGGCGACCGACCGACCAACCGACCAACCGAGAAGUAUGAAAGGAAAGCUAUUUAGGAGACAAUAUUGAAAUUAUCAUCUUUCGCCUGUUUGCACCGACAUUCAUGGCGAUUUUUUUCUGCUCUUCUUGCACUGAUUGAGCUGCUUUCCGUUAGGUGCACGGUACGGUGUGAGUGCACCGCACCGAUCGACCGGGUCUAGCAGAAUGCCAUCUGUGGCCUUUUUCGGUGGCGAACUACCGAGGGCAACCUCGGUACGGCCGGAACGGCUUUCCGCUACGGCUUUCCACCGACCGGCACAAAAUUGCGCUUGCGCGCGUUAUCGCGCUGGGAGGGAUUCACCUUUUGGCAGAUGGGGCUUCUUGCCCCAAAGAGAAACCUUGCUAUUAUGCAAUUAGCGAUGUACGUUGAACUUGUUGCGGAAAUUGUUUGGCCAGUUGGUAAAGCUGGCGAUUAGUGUUUUCGUUUGAUACGCUGUGGGUAAUCUGAAGUUGAAAUAGUGUUUACGUUAUUAGCAUUGCGCGUAAAAAUAUAGUGGAUGCACAACAACAAUGAUUGCAAGAAAGCUUCAAUUUCUCCGCGGUAUAAAUAACAUCAACACUUGGCUACGAACCUGUUUACUUAUUUUAAUAUCAAAAAGAUGCUUUUUGUGUGGCUAUCUGCAGUUGUUCAUUCACGGAAUAAUUUGCUUCAGGCAGAUCAUUAUUCGAUUUGCAGCACCAAAUUUCAUUUUCUAAAAUUGAUUUCAUUUUCAGUACUGCAAACUUCACUGAAAUGGUCAUAGCUUUUUUUUUCAAUAUUUUUCAAUAUACCAGUAAGUGACAGAAAAGCGAUUGGCGAUCAUGUCAUCUCUCUCAGAGGUCAUAUGAACGGUUUCAGAUCGUGGGUCGGUUUCAAACUUAUAUUCGAAAGAAAAGGCAAAUAGACUGAAUUUAGAAACCUGCUGAAAAUAACCUCCCGUACCCUAUAUGAAAAUUGUGAACCUUGCUACAAAUAACCGGUUGUUUUAUUCAGUUAGUGCCAUUGCACACCUAAUGUUAUGAAUGUUUCCUGUAGCAUUUUUCCUCAGCUUUCCAUUGGUGGUGUUAAAAUGAAAAUCGGUUGGGGGGCACAUGAUGAAAACGGCGAUUUUUUGAUAAAAUCCAAUACGGCGACCAAAUCCAAGAUGGCCGCCAAAAAAUUUUGUAAUCCAUUGGAAAACCCUGUUCUUCUUCUUUACAGAACUGGGCCAUUUGUUAGUUCUUUCAUGGCAAAUUUAUGACAAAUCACAUGAUAUAGAUCUCAAGGUUUGCUUAAAAUUCACCUUUUUUGAACCUGUUAGGCCCCUUGGCGAACGAGGGGUCCACUAUUUCGAGGUAUCAAAAGUGUAAUUCUUAUUUUUUAACAAUUUUCAACCAAUUAAGUGCAAAAGUUCCAAUAUUUGAAGACCUCGUGUCAGUAGCGGCCCCGUUUCAGCGCGAAUUACUCAUUUUAUGAAAAUCAAGAAAAUUUGACUAGUCUUUAUAUUACGAAACAUUCCUUUAAAUCCAAUGCCCUUCUGGUAUGCAAAAUAACGAAACAUUAAAAAGAUAUAAAUUAAAAUCAAUUAUUCAUAUUUUUGUAGAUUCAAAUACAUAUGCAAUACAAAUACCAAUACAUACAUACAUGAAAUACCCACAAGCCUGCACCGACAAAAAUAGACACAACAUUAUCAAGGGAAUUGACAAAUAAACUUCAAUGUGCAAAUAUUGUUAAUUUUGUUACAUAUGCCAAACUUUCGGGUAGUAUCAAAAAAAUUUCUAUUCGAUUUAACGUGGAAGUAAAUGUGUCAUAAGAAAAACACGUUAAACAACCUUGUCAAUGUUUUUGCACUGCAAAUCGACCUAGUUCGCCAUUAGCUCAUAUUCAAUAACAAACCUUAUAAAAUUGAAGUGUAAGUAUCUAAAAAUAUUUCACUGUUUAAACGUAUAGCAUUGAAGCGUUUUUCUUGUGAAAUGCGUUUCGCAUGUCUUUUCACUUGACAUUGACGUGUCCCUCACCAGGGGUUGAUGUGAAUAUCAAAUCAUUUCAAAGUGUUUUGCCAUUAAACCAUGAUUCAUGUGUUUUUCCUUUGAAACUAUAGUAACUAUCCCCAGGAGGAAAUGUGUCAGGUUUCCACUUUGAUCGCACAAGUUUAAUCUUUGGGAAGAUAACCAUACGUCCCCUUUCCUUAAAUCAAUGGAGGUGCUUGGUAUUCGACGCUUUCCAAGUGAUUUCAAUGCGUGAAAUAACAGAAAACCAAGCUCAAACAUAACAUUUAUCCAUGUUAUUUUGUUUUUACCUACAAAGAAAAGGAUAUUUUCUUUAAAAUUAAGACUAAUCAAAGACAAACAAAUAGCCGUCUUCUUGCAGGUGAAAACAAAACAAAAUGCGUCUCCAUUGAAUUAAUACAAGUUUCUAAAAACUAUGUAGAGCAAUGCAUUGAUGGCCACCUCUCGGCAUUUCCUUAUUAGUUCCGUUUUAAAAGUAAUUAGGCAAUCUAAAAACAUAGUAACAUAGUUACAUAGUAAAAGCCUGUAUAAUUCUGAAAAAUACCGAACUGAUUUUUUCAAAAAUAGUCAUGCUGUCUAGGUUUUACCAGCAACUAAAAAUCAAAAGGAAUGUGCAGAGUGUUACGUAGCUUAGGGCAAAUAUUUCAGGGGGUGAUAGAGGAUCACAUUUGACGAAAAAAUCCUCAUACGUAUAUGGUCAACCCUCAAUCAAUCGCUCGGUCAAUCGCUACAGAGUUAUUAAACAUUUUUAAUUCUGGGAUCUGUUUUCCUUAAAUUAGUGCAAAAAGUAUGCUAACUAGCUCGAUUCUGUUGCUUUUAUCCUUUUGAGAAGCAGAAAGUUUUAAAAUAAAUGCUUUUAAAGGCGUUUUUAUCAAAUUUCCCCUGAAAAAGUGUGAUUAAAUUGAUUGCUUUUAUCUACCAAUUUGAAAAGCUGGAACCGUUGUAAAAUUCAUUUUUGUCGUGAAAUGCCUAUCUCUUUUAGUUUCGGCGCAAUUUAAUUUUGAACACGAUGUGUAGAGUGUAUUUCAAUCGAAUUUCAAACUGCACGAAUUCAUGCGUCACGCAUAGCAUACUAAAUCACCGCGUGCGACGGACACGGUCAUUAAAAUAGUUUUCAUUUGAUAACAGAAUUAUUCAAAUUGGUCAACCGACCCAGAAGUUAUAAAUUUAGAAAAGGUCUAAAGGCAAAAGCUCAGAAAAAGGCACUAUAAACGUUAAAAAAAUACUGGCCCAAAAUUUAAAAUUUGUUCAAAAUUUUGAAUCUCGUUGUAUCCUUACUUUAUCAAAUUGCCAUAGAGUACGUGAAGUAAUUCCAUGAAAAGUACUGUCGAAAUUUGAAAAUAUUCCAAUUUGGUUUACUCGUUGAAAAAUCAUAAUCUUGAAUUCUGAUUGCAGAAACAUAUAAAAUAUUUAUUUUUUCACGUUCAUCAUUAUUUGAGGACCAAAGAGGCUUUCAUUUUUUUGAAUGUUUUCCACAAAGCUGAAAAUUUUUACCUUAUAUUAUUUGGUUGUUGAUAAUAUGGUUUUCGACAUAAAAUUGAAUAAAGUGACAAGCGUCAUUUGACAAGAGUCAAAUUUCAUGACUUUUUAACAGUUUUGAAUCCUCGAAGAUUUUCAAAUCUUCUUUCAAGAUUACAGACAAUGUUAGUUCCAAAAACACCCUUUAGUUGGGGUUGGAAAUUGUUAGAGAUAACCAGAUUUUCGUUGUUUUCCUAAAAUGCACAUGUGGGGUUUCUCAAUUAAACGAUUAAAUCUUUGUGCUGGUGUUUUGUGGUGCUGGUGUGGUGUUUUGUGCUUUGCAGAUGAAAACAGAACACAAUGCGCCUCCAUAGCAUUCUUAACAUCGUGCAUAUUUUAAAAAACAUAUAUUUCAAAAACAAAACAGUCUUUAGUUUUUUACAAUUUUUGAGGUUAGUGAUUUCAAAUUAGCCUGCAAUAUAUCUUUUACUUCAGAGCACUCAAUAAUACCUAAACUUAUUGACCAGUUAAAUGGAGACUUGUUUACGAGUUACCAGUUACUAGGAGAGAACCUUCAUUGAAAUUUUGAAUGAAUUUUCUUAAAGAUUCUUAAAAUAUGAAGAAUGUUUGAUUUAUCCUACACGCUUCAUCUUCAGUUAUCAACAUGUCAAUGUUCCAUGUGUUGGUCUCGAACAGCAUUCUUAUUAUUACGCAAAGCGAAGAAGAUACAUGAACCGUGAUUCAUCCAGUCAUCAGUUCAAGACCUAUACGCUCAAACACUCACUAAAAUACCUUUUACAAGAAUAUUCUCUUUUCCUGUGUUCAUACCUUUUAAAAAUAAUUACUUAUGGUAAUUGUUUCGACAAGACUAAUCAGUAAACUAAUUCAAAGGUUGUUAUUCUGCCUGCAGGUGUCAGUCGGGGCGCACUGGCUGGAGGCACUCGGAACAGUUACUUUAAAAAUCAUGAAAUAUACCAAAAUUAUACCAAUCCGUAACAUUUUUCAACUGCGCAAAUUGCCCUCCUCGGAAAACCGUUCACCGGAGAGACAAACGUACGUCAUUUGCUAGAGUUUGUCAGACCUUCGCCCUUCCACCUGUGACCGCCCGCCAGCAUUUGAAAUGCACGGUCCAGCAGGGGACCGCGCGAAAAAGCCGAUUUAAUAUGUAACAAUUCUCAUUUCGCAUCUUUUUACGGUGUUUUACCUCUCCUCAUUAUGCUUCGUGCGAUCUUUCUGCCGGGUACUGUAUACCACUCACACCAACUCGAGUGGCGAGAAACAAAACAUGAAACACCACUACAUGAAGAAGAAUCUCGAGAGAGAGAGAGAGAGAGAAAGAAAAAAACUCGUCAUUCCAGACAAAGUGGAGUUCCGCGACCCAAAGCAACUUCAGCACCAGCUGGCGCACCGUGUGUGUAGAGUGGCUCACAGCGGAAUGCAUGUGUGCGUGAGUGUGGUGUAAAUAUUUUUAUGUCUUCUCGCAAAACAACAAGAAGCGGUCGCCGCACCGUGAUCGCAACGCUUGUAUGCGAAAGAUCCGAGUCGAGCCAAAAUCGCAUGCCAAGUCUUGCAGCUAACAAGCGACGAACCUCGUUAAAGUUUUGAGGUGAGAAACAAAAAAUUAUCUCAUUGGUCGAGUUUCGACAAUUUAUGAGGGUAAUAAAAUUUUACCAUUCUGGCUGUCGACCCCUGCGCUCGAUUCUUUCCGUACGGAUGAGUUGUGCCUAAAAUGACUUUUUCAUGUAAUGGACUGUCACGCUGAAAGUGAGACCCGUAUUGUAUGCAAAAAAGAGAUUCGCAAGCACAAUGGCGAGGCGCGUGCGAGAUUGAUCUCAAUUCGUCAUGGCUUUACUUACAUUUUCACGCCAACUGCUUAUUCGCUCGGAUGCGAGCAAUUAUCCGCGCCUUAUCGUAUGCUGUGCGCCUAGAGAACGCCCUGGCCCCAGCAAUUUUUUGGGUGCUCGGUGAAAGCAAAUCAGCGAAACACUCGAUGAAGAAGCAUGACUAAAAAUAAUAACAUACACAUGCACAUCGCUCUGCAAUGCAAAGUGGAUGCUAAUGCUCUUCGAAUCACGAUAGUAGAUAAUCCAGCUCGGUUGAAGCGAAUGGGGCUGGAUUCGAAGCCGAAAGGGAAGGUGUAAAUCCGUGUUAAUCGCUGCUUAGUGCUGAUACUGAGCAUUGAUCGUGCACGGGAAGCUUUUUCCCGGUACUGACAGACUUACUGACUUUCGGAUCUUGAACACAUGUGCUUAUGAUUUAUUGAUUACUAUAAUUUUACUCUUCCGCUGCCGCCGUCUCCGGUUCACUCCGCUGAGAAUGGUGACCCCGGUUUAGCGUGUUUCGAUCCGUGAUCAUGGGUAGGUACAACCGUCGCCUAGCCGGUUGGUGCGUAUCACAUUUCUUUAGUUUUUCUUUUUAACUUUCGAAGUUCGUUGCUUUCUGUGGUUGCUUUCCGCCAACAGAACAGACUACGAUAUCAAGACUCGCUGCUAUAAUUAUCGCCUUAACGCUUGUCAAGUGACAGAUUCGUAGUCGCCGUCGUCGUCGUCGUCGCCAUUCUCUGUAGCAGCGCAGCGAGUCCAAUGUACAUUUCCGCGGUGCCGCGUGAUGAUGGAAUCGCGUAAAUUUGAUGUUAUUAGCAUGGGUUUUGUGAUAGUGGGUUAUCUGAUACAUGAGUCAACUUCUUCAACCGACUCUAAACUAACCCGACGGCAGUCAAGUCAGAUUGAUGGAGUUUGACGUUAAAAGCGACGUGGGUGAUUAAUGGAUACCCAAUAUCAGUGGGUGACUUUUCGACUAUUUUUUGACCAAUUUAUUGAAUGUAUUAAAUUUUUAUGCAUCUUUUUUAAGUAUUUCUUAAAUAAAAUCAUUCGAUUUUUCUUCCAUUCAUACUCAGUGUUUACUACCGAAAUUUUGAGCCUUGCCUCUGUCAUAGCUCCCUUCCGGCUGUUUGGCAGUGUGAAAGUGAAAAGCAACGCCACGUUUUUUUGGCGGCGUAAUGCAGCUCAACCUCAAAACACUUGCCACCAGAGGUUCGCACCCAUUUCGAGUGCCAUUUGGUGUGGGGAAAGAGUAAGCCGACGCAGGAAAACAAGCAAUAAAGCAGCUGUCAUUUUCGAUGGCCUUUAUUGCCUCAUUUCCCAGCAUGCAGCAGGCAGCACCCCGGUCGAUGUUGACCUCAAAACAGUGCAAGCAAUCCGACCUCUUGCCCUUGCAGGUCUAUUCGUUGUCAUUUGUUUCGUUCAACUGAUAGUUUUCUCUUUGGUAUUGCCUUUUCACCAUUUUACCCGUGCGGCAUAAACCGCAAACCACCUUUCGGUCGGUCCUGGACUCUUCUUUCGAAAGAUGCGCUUUGUCCGGCCUGGUAACGCAAACCGCUAGAUACGAGAAACAAAAGGCAAAAGCUCCUGGUUUCGGUCGCUUCCAAAAACGGAAGUGAACGCUAAUGAGUUUCGACGAUCGGCACAUUUGGUGCGCCGUUGGAGCGCUCUUCACAGCGGUGGUCACCGCAAAUUCGUGUUCGAAAAUUGCGGAUAAUUUGGUGGCUAACGUCACAGCCAUCAUAAUCGAAAGCACUUAUCGGAUAAGAUAUAGGCGAUCCGGUCGAUGCGUCAUGACCCUUGAUGGUGGUCCGAAAGGAAAGCGGUAUCGCAAUUUAGCGGUCCACUUUGAGGUGCGAAUUGGGCGGCUAUGAAUGGUUUGUUUUUUUUUUUGUCUGGGCUCUUUCCUCGAUUAGGAAAAAUUUUAUGACGCCGACGGGAAGUGAAUUAUCACACGGGAGAUGCUAAUGGAAGUGAUGUAAGAUCGUGUUUGUUUAUGUCGAAAAAACGAAUCCAUAAAUGGGUGCAGCAUACAAUUCAAUGCAUGAUUUGGGAAGCGAAAUAGUUGGAAUUCCUAGUUGUUUUAUUUGUCGGCGUUGUAUGAUAGAGGUUAUAGGAUUAGGCAAUAAACGUUCACACGCAGCCCUCACUGUAUUACUAAUGAACAACAAUUAGUUAGUUUUUGUUGUGUCAACAUCUGGGGGGCUAAUUGUACCUACUAAGCGUAGAAAAUUAACACGCUUGAUAGCGGAAAAAAUAUCCCGCUUAAAACCAUGUGGUCAAUGAUCUGCACCUCCUACCAGCAUUCGUUAGCACAUUUUACCGUUGAAUUUGCCAAUUUAAACUAAUUAGUGGCUGCAGUCAGUAAAAUGUAUAAAACUUCGAAACAAAGCAUACCGGACCACGAUGAUCCACGAUGGUUAAAUUUGCAUACAAAGUAGGACGCUGAAGCAAAUCUGGUUUUCGCUCCGGAUUGCUUGGUGAAUGGUACCUUCAAAAAGACCAUUUCCAGAACCGAUUAGGACAUGGGGAAUUUGUUAUCAUUAGUGAAGGUUGGGACUGUUUAAGCUGAACCAUUUAAGCUCUAUUUAGGGUAUAACGGAGGCCAUCAUUUGAGCGAAAUAUUCGCUGCUAAGUUUACAUGGACCUAAACGAUUAGCCCGAGAUUCAUCAGAUUGAUUGCUAGAAAUCUAAAGAAAAAUAAGAUUAGAUUAGUAUUGUCAUUUCUGACCUUAAUUCAAGACAAUCAUCCGCUAUUUUUUGAAAGGGUUUUUUAUUGCUUGAGCCUAUGAUAGCUCUAUGAUUUUCCGUUUUUUUAAGUAAAAACAUGUUUCUAACACAGGGGAAGCAAAUAAAUAAGCAAAUGUUUUUCAAAGGUUGAUUUUGCUUCUUUCGAAACCUGAGUAUGCCUGUUUAGAACAGUAAGGGUAAGUUUAUUAUCGAAGACUUUUUUUGUAAUUUAGACUACGUAAUAUUAAAACAAAAUCUAACGUGAAAAGUCAUAUUUUACUUUUAUAUUUUGAUUAUAUCGUUACUAACAAUAUUUGUAAAAUGAUGACCGUGGACCAAAGUUAACGAUCAUUCCAGUAAUUUUCGAUAAUAACAUAUCAAUGAAAAUUAAACGUUAAUAAAUGUUAGUCAAAUGUGUCAUUGUUUCCCUAUUGUAGCAUAGUGUGGUGAAUGACCAAAUGGUUAAAACCACAUUAAAAUAAAAAAAGAAUUGUAGCACAGACGCUAUAGAAACACAUUACUAUAUAUUUUUUGUCUUUUUUAUUUCUUGACAUGACUUUAUACGCGGUCAUGACAUAAACUCUUUUUUGGAAAGGGAGUAUGGAAAAAUACCCAGCUAGCACCAACUCGUAUAUCAAUGUACGAAAACUAUCGUAAAUAUCCCCUAACAAACUCGAAAUCGUAACUAAACCUGGACAAAGUGGGAUCAAGUUGAUUUUUUGUCGUAUAUAAUGAUAAUGACUGACAUACAUACGAUUUUCAGCACAGAAUCGUAGAGUAGUACGGAGCGACUCGCGCUUAAUCGGAUAUUAUCGUAUAUAAAUACUUAUAUAGUCGUAACGCUCAAAAUUACUCGUAAUCACGUAUAUCGCCUCCAAAAUAAUACGGGCGCAUGUAAUACGAUUUAUUUAGCAUGUAUAUCUGUACGUAAUGCUGAUUUUUACCUUUUUUAUACACAUGAAAAUGCUAGCUGGGUAGUCAAUAGUGUGCGAGCAGCAACACUUGAAAGGUAUUGAGACAGCAGAAAUAGCUUUGCCAUAAAAUAUUCAAGGUCCAUUUUCCUGGAAACUGAAGUUUGUUAACCUACAUCAUGUGAUGUAGUUAUUUUUUAAUAUAUUUAAAAAACAGCGUUAAAUGCAUCUAAUAAUUCACCGCCUAUUUCUACCGCCCUGCCCGAGCAGAUAACUGUUUAUCUUCUCUGCGGCAAAAAGAAAGAUCUCUCACACAAAACCAAUACUGCCGCUGAGCAAAUGUGCGGUGCGUGUGUGGAAGGAUAAAAUUGGAUAAAUAAAGAGCAAUAAAAAGGGAUGUUAGUUUACAUAAUAAAAUGGUGCGGUGGUGUAGAGGUAUUACACUACGACCGGCGAGAGACGUGGGUUCGAUUCUAACCUGUUAUUGAAUAACUCGAUAUAUGUUUGGCCUACAUAUCGAAAUUUUCCAGUUCAUCCAAUUAAUUAUUUCUCGUGUCAAACACUUACUCUUAUCCAAACUCAAAUAUAUUUUAUAUUUUUUACACGCAAAAGUACUUAUUAUCGAAAACUAUUAACAUAUAAGUAUUAUAAGUAUAUUGUGCCCUUUAUUCGCAUUCUAAAAGCAUUUAAACAUAUUUUUGAACAAAAAUGUUACAAGCCAGUUGCUCUAACCGAUAUAUGACUAAUUUCAGUCGUGGAAAGGUUGCUGCAACUAGAAGUACGCAAAGUAUAUUGUUUGGAAAGAUAGGGAUCUCAAACAAAAGGACCUCAUCUAUUUCGAGACAAAGCUCAAAAAUUCGUGUCUACGUCACCAAGAAAGGUAUUGAUUCAUCAGUUUACUGUCUCUCUAAUUGAGUGUUCAGAGCCCAGUCAGCACCAACUCGUAUAUCAUUGUACGAAAAUUAUCGUAAAUAUAUCUUAACAAAUUCGGAAUCGUAAAUAAAACCUAAUAAAGUUCGCACAAGUUGACAUUCCAUAGCUGACCAACAUACGAUUUUCAGCAUAUAGUCGUAUAGCUGUAUGAGGAUGGUCGCGCUUAAUCGGAUCUUAUCGUACAGAAAUGCGUAUAUAAGUAUAUCGUUUAAAAUUAUCCCUCAGUACGUAUAUCGCGUCCAAAAGGGUAUGUAUAAGCCGAUUUUACGCAUCGAAUACGAUUUUGUUGGAUACAUAUCGGCACGUAAUUUUCAUU